UACCAGUGAUGGUCUGCUUUACGGCAGUGUCGCAAAACUCACGGGACUCUUCUUCAGACUCGGUGCUCCAUGGAAACACGUCUGGAGUUCUGUUUACACUCAUGGGGAGCUAACAGCUACGGGCAGCUGGGACAGGGACAUGUGGAGGACCAGCCCGGUCCCCGGCUCUCUGACAGCGCCGCCUUACAAAACCGGGAAGUCCGGACCAUCAGCGGGGGAGGCGGCCACACCGUGAUUAUCACCGAGAGUGGAGAAGUGUUUGCAUGUGGACAGAACAACAAAGGACAACUGGGACUCGGCCACAUUGCAGAUAUCUCCACUCUUCAAUUGUGCCCCAUCUCAAAUCAGAGAGUCACAAACGUAGCCUGUGGUUGGGAUUUCACUCUUCUUCUCACCGAUUGUGGUCAACUACUGGCAUGUGGCUCCAAUGCAUUUGGUCAACUGGGUGUCGGACCAGCAGUCACACACUCUGCAAAUCUGCUGGCUGUUGAGGGUCUAAAGGAGCCAGUGGUGAGUGUAGCAGCCGGACUUAGACACUCACUUGCUGUGACUGACUCAGGUCGUGCAAAUCAAUGGGGAACUGGUCUUUUCAGCCAUGCUAAGAGAGCACUCAGUCCAUGCCCUGUCCCAGCUCACCUCGGCUCUAAGGUGCCCUCUCUGGUACCAGGUCUGGAUCAGAGGACAUCACGUCUGGUAGCAGCAGGUUCAGUACACUGUGUGUGUCUUACAGGAGAUGGUGAUUUGUUUCUAUGGGGAAGCAAUAAGCACGGCCAGCUGACCGGCACUGAGCCCUUCCUGUCUUCUCCCACUCUACUGAGGCGAUCUCUGUUGGAUGGAGAGAAAGUUAUAAACGUGUGGAGCGGCUGGACGCACACUGUCGCUCAAACGGAGAGUGGCAGAGUGUUCACAUGGGGCAGAGGAGAUUAUGGGCAGCUGGGCCGACAAGCGUCAAGCAGUCAGGACCAAGAGCCGCAGGCAGACGGCCCUGUAGCAGAAGGUGGCUGCCGGGAGGUUGGCCUCCCUGCCGAGGUUAAAGUCCUCCACGGAGCAACACAGAUAACGUGUGGAUCUGAACAUAACCUUGCCAUCGUGGGGGGGCGUCUCCUCUCGUGGGGCUGGAAUGAACACGGAAUGUGUGGAGACGGUUCACAGGCUGACGUCUUUCAUCCACAGAUCAUUUCUGGCCUAAGACCUCUUCUAAUUGGCUGUGGAGCCGGACACUCCAUGGCAUUGUGCGCCGCUGCGACGACGAGCUCGACACAGAACUCUGCAUCGAGCGCCACUGGAGCUGGAACAUGUAUCCAGCACGACAAUCAGAGACUAUAAAAAGAGUGAUUUUGAGGGAUUCCUGUUUUUAGUCGGUGCUCUGUGGAGCCCACAUACGAUCAUAUUAAGUGCCCUUGACUAUACAUUAACUUUCACUUAUUUUUUUUUUUAAACACUACCUACUUGAACAGAUCGCAUGUGAAAUGCAGCUGUCAUAAAUACUCCUGUGUGGCUGGACGCAGGCUGAGUUAUGUUUCAGGUGGCAGAGGCCAGCUCAUCACUUUUAUGGACAUGAUGGGGGCAAUAGCUUAGCAGGACACGACAGUGCCUAUGGCUGCUGGUCCACCUGCAACGUUUGUCUUCUGAAUGAUGCCGUUAUGGACCAUGUGAAGGAUGGUCUACACUCUUCCUAUAGCUUCAUCUUCCCAUGUCAUUGGUUUUACAGCUGUGAUCUUGAGUGUCAGGGGCAGUCAAUCUAUGCACCUCAUACUGUCACAUUUUGAUUUAGCACGUAGACGUACUGGACAGUAUUUUUUUUCUUGUCAAAAUGUCCACCUCCUAUUCAUGUUCUCGUGAGCCUGUGUCAUACAUGUUCUUAUGUGCACCAUUGUAAUGCUUUAUUAAUUCAUCUUAGAGGAAACCCGUCUCCUGCCUUUGACCCAACCUACAUAUGUAUAAGCAGGGGACAUCUGCAGUGCAGCACCUGGGUGCAAACUGCAGUGUCUCGGUCAAAGGCAAUAGCAAGACCCAGAUAGGCUCAUAUCUGCAUCACGCCUGCUGGUUUUUAUUUUUUAAAAGUUCUAAUUUUAUAGAAGUUCUAAUUGUAUGAUUGUGGUUUAUGCAAAUUAAAUUAGGAAAAUAUCUGCCAGACUGUUAGUCACCUGCCUUAAGUUAUUAUAUUAUUUAAAUAAAAACGAUGUUACAUGGAUUAAUUUGGAAAAAUAAAAAUAAAUAAACCAACACUCGUUGAAAAAUUUA